UCUUCCUUUCUCUGCCAUCAUGGUGUGUGCUUGACUCCGCUUCUUGCCAUGUCUUCUCACAAGACUUUCAGGAUUAAGCGAUUCCUGGCCAAGAAACAAAAGCAAAAUCGUUCCAUUCCCCAGUGGAUUAGGAUGAAAACUGGCAAUAAAAUCAGGUACAACUCCAAAAGGAGACAUCGGAGAAGAACCAAGCUGGGUCUAUAAGGAAUUGCACGUGAGAUGGCACACACAUUUAUGCUGUCUGAAGGUCACAAUCACAUUACCGUAUCAAGCUGAAAACGUCACCAUUAUCUGGAGAAUUAGGCAUGUUUUACUGGGAAUAUAUUUUUCCUUUCUGAAUCUGUUAUGAAUGCGUUGGUUGGCUGGGUUCAGUAAUAAAUAUGUGAGACCUUUCAUUUCAAAAACAACAACAGCAACAAAAUAAAACACUUUUAGGUUUCUGUUAUAAGGGAGGAGAGACUCAGUCCUGGGAGAGCAGCCAGCAAGGUCUACCAUCAUGGCCAAAUGAAACCAUUGUUCCCCUCUACCCAUCCUCCCACACCUACUCCUUCUCCAGGCUUCUUCGUAUGAGUAGAUGGCACCUCCCUUCACUCAACUCCCCAAGUGAAAAGUCCAAGAGUCAGCCCUCACUCCAUGCCCACAUCCAGUCCAACAGUUCCUGUUAGCUUCACCAUGAUCUGGAUCCUGAAUCUGACCAUGACCUUCCAAGCCACUCUCAUCUCUCUCCCUUGUGCACUCCGGCUCUCCUUACCAUCCAUUCUCCUCCUGGUGGCUGAAGAAUUCGUUACACAAGUAAUCUGAUCACAUCACUCCCACCUUAAAGCCCUUUGAAGCUUUGCA